GGGAGAGAGAGUGAUGCUGUCUCUUUAAGAGUAUUUUUAGGCUGAUAGUUGAUGAUGGUCAGUGGUGGGGAAAAUCAGAGUUAGUGGCGGCAGUGCAGUGGCAGCCUGUGAACAUGGAUGACAAGGAGAGACCUUGAUGUACUGUGGAUCUAACAGCUUUUUAAGGGAAUUCACACAGCCUAACGCCAUUAAGCACACUGGACUUGGGUUAUUUACAUGUGUUCAACCUUAAUUUGUUAGGACUAGAAUUAGGGACACUGGAGGUAGAUGUGAGGGAUAACUGCAUCUGGUGAGAGAAUCCCUCUACUGGGCUCCCCCCAUCCCAGCCCUCUCCUACACCAGUCUUCAGAGCCCCAUUCCCAACAGCCAACAUGUUCUCCUCCAACUUUCUGAGUGGGGGGAAUCCUCUAAGUGCAGUGUCUUCUGCUGUAAACAAGUUUGGUCGUUUUGGGGAUGAGGAGGAAAAGCAACAACAGCAGCCUCCAGGACCCUCAAAGCAGAAGGAUCCUCAACACCAGGGGAAUGGCCAACCAGCCUCACAGGGGCCUCUGAGGCAAAGUAUACAGCAGACACGGAGUGUGGGAAGGGGAGGUCAAGGAGCUGGACGGGAUGGAUCUCAACCGCAAGGAGCUGGUCGGGGAAGUCCUGUACAGCAAGGAGCUGGGAGAAUAGAUCUUUCACAUCAGGGAGUGGGCAGGGGAGGAUUGCAACAAGGAGCAAGUGGGGGUGGAUCGCCUAAGCAAGGUGUUGGGAAGGGUGUACCUCAACAACAAGGCCCAAGUGGACCUGGGUCUCAUCCAGGAGGCGCAGUUGGCUCAAGCCCUCCUUCAGCAGAGCCUCAGGUGAAAGGUGGAGCUGGAGCUGGGGUGAAAUCUCUCUGUCCAGUCUGUAAAAAUACAGAACUCAAUCUUAAGUUCAAGGAUUCGCCCAACCAUAACACCUGCACACAAUGUAAAUCAGUGGUCUGCAACAUGUGUGGGUUCAGUCCUCCAGAUGCAACCGUUAAGGAGUGGCUCUGCCUGAAUUGCCAGAUGCAGAGAGCUCUGGGAGGGGCAGAGAACAGCGGACCACCUACACUAAAACCCCAGCCACAGCCCAAGGACUCCGUACCAUCACAGAACCCUGCAAAGAAAGACACUCUUCAUAGUAAGCAGAUGCUGCCAUCUGCCAGCCAGCCAACCAAACCAACAGAGGGUCAGAAACUGUCAAGUCAGUCCAGCACAAGUGCAACUCAUCUGUCGCAGCAAAUGUCACAACAAAAACCUCUUCCACAGCAGACAACAAAAGGUGCUCCUUCUGCCAAAACUGAGAUACCAUCAAAGACUGAGCCCCCUAAAAAAGAAGAAGAGUCCAGUUUCUUUGGUUUCGGUUUCGGUGGUGCUCGAUCCCGCUCCCCUUCUCCACAGCCUGGUGCCUCUUCUGUUUCUGGAAAGGUUCUAGGCUUUGGUUCUUCAUUCCUUAGCUCAGCAUCCAAUUUGAUUUCAGCUGUCCAGGAUGAGCCCUCCACGACCCCACCAACAAAGGGUUCCACUUUUUCCCAAACCUCUGCCAAGAACACCACACCCCCUUCUUCAAGAAAAGGCUCGGAGGCCUCUAAGGGCUCCCCAAGUGUUCCUAAAUCACUGACACAGGAGGGAAAAAUGCAACAGCAACAAAAUAAACCCCAAGACACUCAAAAAACAACGACAACAAAGGAAUCUUCAACUGCUCAGGCUACUAAAUUAGAUCAAAGCCCGAAGCCUCCUCCCAAAGCCUGUCCACUCUGCAAGGCAACCCUGAGAAGAGAUCCUCCCAACUAUAGUUCCUGCACUGAAUGCAAGGCCACUGUGUGUAAUCAGUGUGGAUUUAAUCCUGUGCCUCAUCAAACAGAGGCAAAAGAGUGGCUUUGCUUAAACUGCCAGACACAGAGAGCACUGAAAGGAAUAGAGCCUGUGGGACAACCCACAAUAACAUCCCAAACACAGCCCAGCAAGUCUCAAAAGAUGAAAUCUACACAUGGUCCUUUAGAGAAACAGCCCAUGGCUCAGCCAACAAAGACUAGUCCUGCCAACCAACCUGCUGCUCAGAAAAAUAUGCAUGAACAACAGACUGGUGCAGCAGGAGCAAAGCAAGCUUUCACCCCUAUGUCUUUACAGCAACCGACAGCAAAAAAUGCCCCCUCUCCUCCUGUGUCUAAAGCAGCACCACAAAUUGAUACUGAGCAAGAACAGUCAGGAUUUUUUGGCUUUUCAGCCUUUGGUGGAGCCCGUUCACGAUCACCAUCCCCUCAGCCCACUGUUUCGGCCAUGUCUGGUAAGGCUCUAGGAUUUGGGUCGUCCUUCCUGAGCUCAGCAUCUGAUCUCAUUUCAUCAGUGGUUCAAGAUGAACCUUCUACUACACCUUUGGUCUCUCAAACUUUCCUCAAGACUUCUACUCCACCAACGUCUCUCAGAGGGUCUGCAACAUUACAAGGGCCUGCCUUAUCAGCGUCUACAGGAAAGGCUAAUCAAUCAGAUGGUCAGAAAGAAGAGAAUAAGACAGCACUAACUGCUGACCAAAAGAACAAAGGACCAAUAUCUCAAAUUAAAAAAGCCGAACCUUCUUCACAGAUGCCAAAAGCAGACAAAGGCCCUCAAACCUUGCCCAAAUCCUGCCCACUCUGCAAGGUACAAAUCCAAAAGGACCUUGCCAACUACAACACUUGUACCGAGUGCAAAAACACUGUUUGCAAUCUCUGUGGAUUCAACCCAACACCGCAUCAUACUGAGUUGAAAGAAUGGCUUUGUCUAAACUGUCAGACUCAAAGAGCUCUAAGAGGAAUGGAGCCACCAGGACCUCCAAAGUUGGAGACCACAGCGCAGCCCAACAAAAUCCCUACCACUCAACCACUGGCUUCACCCUCAAUUGAAAAGAAAGGUGUUUCUGAAUCGGACAAGUUAGGCAAGAAAAUGGACCCUCCUCAGAAAGUACAAGAACAACAAAUCAAGGCUCCAAAUGGUACUCUGCCAAUCCAAAAAGCCCAGCAGCAAGAACAUGAAGCCAAAUCUGAAGUUCCUGCCAAGACAGCCAAGAAAGAUUCUGGAUUGUUUGGUUUUGGGGGUGCUAGGUCAAGGUCUCCAUCUCCUCAGCCUGCUAUGUCUGCUGUAUCUGGGAAGGUUCUUGGCUUUGGUUCCUCCUUUCUCAGCUCAGCAUCUAAUUUAAUAUCCUCAGCUGUGCAAGAUGAGACUUCUACAACACCACCGACCUCCCGCAAAGCUUCCACAGUUUCCCAGAGCUCAACACCACCCACAUCUCGGAAGAGCUCUGCUGUUCCACAGACCAUAAACGCAGGGAAUACUAAACAACCUACUGCACAAAAACAAGAAAAAAAGAUUUCUGAGUCACCUCAGCUGGCAAGUAAAUCUUCUGUGAAAACAAAAACAGACCAAACAUUGUCUGCAAAAGUUGACAAAACUCCCCUGCCUCUUCCCAAAAUCUGUCCACUUUGCAAGGCAGAUAUCAGCAGUGAUCCUCCCAAUUUCAACACCUGCACCGAUUGCAAAAACAUUGUGUGUAACCAUUGUGGAUUUAACCCCAUGCCUCAUCAAAUAGAGGUGAAGGAAUGGCUCUGUUUGAAUUGCCAGAUAAAGAGAGCACCUGAACCUUCAAGUCUAAAUCCCCAGCUGCAGACUAAUGCUGGCUCACAACAAGACAAAACAGCUCCACAUCAGCCUCCUCCAGGAGCCAGUAGAACUGAGGACCAGUCAAAAACAGCACUUGGAAAACCCACUACUAAAUCUACACUACAAAAUCUCCCAAAUGAAAAACCUGCACAGAAAGAAACUAUAAAAUCUCAAGAGCCAAAAGAGAGCAGUGCACCAGCCAAAACCGAAACAAAAACACAAUCAGAUUCCUCUAAAAAAGAUACAGGUUUGUUUGGCUUUGGUUUUGGUGGUGCUCGAUCUCGGUCACCUUCUCCUCAACCUAUUGUCUCGGAGAAGGUUCUAGGCUUUGGUUCCUCGUUCCUCAGCUCAGCAUCUAAUCUCAUAUCUUCGGUAGUUCAAGAUGAAUCCUCCACAACACCGCCAACACCUCGUAAAGGUUCAACAGUUUCCCAGACCUCAGUGAAGUCUAAAACACCGCCCACCUCUCGUAAGGGUUCAUCAGUUUCACAGACAUCUCUCAAAACCACAUCAGCUGUAGUAGCAUCAGCUACAUCCCAUAAGGGAUCCACAGCAUCCCAAGACUCAACAAAUAUUCAUGCUGGGGAAAAUAAACCUCUUUCUCAAAAACAAUUGGAAGACAAGAAGUCCAUGCAGUCUCAGCCUUUCAAAUCACCAUCUACACCGCCAUCAAAGCUUCAAUCAGCUAAUAUGUCCUCUCAGUCUCUCCCUAAAGAAUGCCCACUUUGCAAAGUGGAGCUCAAGAAAGAUCCUCCUAACUUCAACACCUGCACUGAAUGCAAGAGCAUUGUGUGUAACCUCUGUGGGUUUCUCAUGCCUCAUCAAAUCAAGGCAAAAGAGUGGCUUUGUUUAACCUGUCAAGUGCAGCGAGCAUCAGUCCCUUCCCAUGCAGAGCCUCAGGGUCAAGCUAAGAAAGUAGCUGCAGUGCCAAAGAAGAAGGAGCAAGAUGUUCCAGAAACUGUGCAGAAAAAACAAAAUGCAGAGGAAGCCACCAAUACUGGUCAGAAAACAGCUGUAGUUGGGGGAAAGGAGCCAACUGAUGUGACACCAAAACAGCUCAGUCAAAUGAAGACCUCACAGCAGAUGAAAUCAGACAAGCCUCAAGAAAAACAAUCCAAGCCACCAAAGGCUGAGCCUAAUCAAGAGGAGUCUGGAUUUUUUGGUUUUGGCUUUGGCGGGGCUCGGUCUAGGUCUCCUUCACCUCAGCCUGCAGUUUCUGCUGUGUCUGGCAAAGUUUUAGGCUUUGGUUCCUCCUUCCUUAGCACAGCUUCUAAUCUGAUGUCUUCAGCUGUUCAGGAUGAACCUUCGACAACACCACCAACCUCCCGCAAAGGUUCGUCAGUUUCAGAAACAACACCACCUCCCGGCUCCCGUAAGGGCUCCACAGUAUCUCAGUCAUUGUUCAACAGCAACACAACAUCACCUAGCUCACGAAAAGGUUCUGAAACCACAAAAGGUUCUCAGAAAGCUCAACCUAGUAAAGAUACUAAACCACCAACUGAACAGAAACAAGAGGAGAAGACACCAUUACUUCAACAGGCUACGGAGCCAUCAAAUAAAGUGAAACAGGAUAAAGAGACAACUGUGUCCAAUCCUCUUGCCAAGGUCUGCCCACUCUGCAAGGUGGAGCUCAAGAAAGAUCAACACAACAGCUGCACUGAAUGCAAAAAUAUUGUAUGUAACUUGUGUGGGUUCAACCCUAUGCCCCAUCAAAAUGAGGUGAAGUGGCUUUGCUUGGCAUGCCAGAUGCAGAAAGCACCAGAACCUCUCCCUGCACAGCUUCAGCCAAACGCUAAGGAAGUUGCACCACUUAAAAUGGAUACUCCCAAUCUAGAUGUUUCACAGAAGAAGCCACAUCUUCCAGCAGAUUCAGUUCACACGGAUAAGAAACCAGAAGUGGCAGGGAAACAAGUCAAUAAGCAAACUUUAGCUGAAAUUGAACAAUCCACCCAAAGAGGAACAAAACAACAUCAUAUUGCAGAAUUUCCAAAGUCAGAAUCUCUAAAAACUGAUCUGCAAACAGACAAACCUGGAUUCUUUGGGUUCGGUUUUGGAGGAGCUAGAUCCCGAUCACCUUCUCCUCAGCCUGCUGUCUCUGCUGUUUCAGAGAAGGUUCUAGGGUUUGGUUCUUCAUUCUUAAGCUCAGCAUCUAAUCUAAUCUCAACAGCUGUUCAAGAUGAGACUUCUACAACACCAUCUAGUUCUCGCAAGGCUUCAACAGCUUCUCAAAUGUCUGAUAAGACACCACCAACCUCUCGUAAAGGUUCUGCAGUUUCACAAAUCUCCAAUAAAGUUAAUACCACUCCACCUUCCCCUCGUAAGGGUUCUACAGCUUUUCAGACAUCUGUUAGAGCAACUCCUCCAACCUCACAGAAGGAUGAAGCUACAGUAAACUCUAAAACCAUUGAAAAUACAGAUGGGGCAAAAACUAAAGUUUCAGAGAAAGGAGAAGAAACCACUAAAGGAUCUACCCCACAGCAACAAGAUCAAGGAAAGACCCAAGAUGGACAUGUUACUGUUUCCUCUGAAAUCCCCGAAGAGUCUAGAGGUAGAUCUCAGUCUCCUUUACUUCCACAUGCAGCAUCUGCUGUCUCUGGGAAGGUUCUGGGAUUUGGUUCCUCCCUCUUUAGCUCAGCAAGUAAUCUGAUCUCAUCAGCUCUAGAUGAGCCUUCUCUGCCCACUUCUCUUGAAGGUUCCACAUCUUCCCAACUAUCUGCUAAGACUACAACUCCACCCUCUUCUCAUAAAAGCUCAUUGGUUUCCCAGACAUCAGACAAGAUUACCACUCCACCUUCUUCACGAAAGGGCUCUGGAGUUUCUCUGACAUCUUUCAAGUCCAGCACAUCCCCUGCUUCCUCAAAAAGAUCUGAUAUCUCUCCUAAAAUGCUUCCUUCAGAUGACAAAAAAGUGCAUGCUGAAAAUACACAAGAACUGAUAAAAAAAGACAAGACAUCCAUGGUCAGUCAGGCACAGCCAACAACUGUAUCAUUUACAAAAGAUACAGAUCUACCAGAAACAACAAGGACAGAGUCCACUAAAUCAUUGCCCAAAGCCUGCCCUCUCUGUAAAGUUGAUUUGCAGAAGGAGCCACCCAAUUAUGAUAACUGUACGGAGUGCAAAACCACUGUGUGUAAUCUAUGUGGCUUUAACCCCAUGCCCCAUGAGACAGAGAAAAAGGAGUGGCUAUGUCUGAACUGCCAGAUGCAGAGAGCUCAAGCUGAGACUGACAAAGUACCUCCACUAGUAUCACCACUAAAGAAAGCAACACCAACUUCUGUCCCUCCACAGAAGAAGCCACUCGAUUCCACAGAUGCUACUGAAAAAGAAAAGACUGCACUAUCUGCAGGUUUAACACCAGGGUCUAGGAAGGCAAGUGCUGUUCCACCAACACAAAAGCUACCCCAGCAGCAGGACAUCAAAAAUCAAGUACAGCCAACACAGAAGGAUGAUACUGUAUCCACAAAAUCUAAGGCCCCACCAAAAGAAGAGAGUGGCUUGUUUGGUUUGGGACGCUCUAGAUCACCUUCUCCCCUACCUGCUGCUUCCAGUGUUUCUGGAAAGGUCUUUGGAUUUGGUUCUUCUAUGUUGAGCUCUGCUUCUAAUCUUAUCUCCACUGCUGUACUAGAUGAAUCCUCCACCACACUACUUGCAACUCAGGAGGUUUCAGCAGCUUCUCAAAUUCCUGUAAUGACAAAAUUAACAUCAACUACUAAUCAUAAAGGAUCAGCUGACGUGUCACCAAAACAGGGAGCAAAAUCUGUUGAAGAAGAGCAGAAAGACAAGAAACCUGAAGAGAAAAUGACAGAAGUUCAGGAAAAAGCAGUAAUAAAAGAGUUUGACCAGAAGUUAGAGCCUCCAAAGGCUUGCCCUCUUUGUAAAGCAGAAAUUAUGAAGAAUCCGCCAAAUUACAGCACUUGUACUACUUGUAAGAGCACGGUGUGUAAUCUCUGUGGAUUCAACCCAAUGCCACGUCAAACUGAGGUGAAGGAAUGGCUGUGUUUGAACUGCCAGAUGCAGAGAGCUCCUGAACCUCCAGUUGUGAAACCAGGAACUCAGACUACUAAAUUACCUCCACCUGCAUCACCAAAAAAACAAGACACUUGGGGUGUUGUAGCAGAGGAUCAGAAACAAGAAGGCAAACCCAAUAUUGCAGAUUCCAAACAAACUACAUCAGAUGGCCAAAUCCAGAAAAAUGUCUUACCUGUCAAAUCUGAUAUUCUGCCUAAAUCUGAAAAUUCUAAACAGGAUUCAGAUUUUUUCAGCUUUGGUUUUGGUGGUUCUCAUUCAAGGUCACCAUCUCCUCAGCCCACUGUGUCUGCUGUCUCUGGGAAGGUUCUAAACUUUGGUUCCUCCUUCCUUAGCUCAGCAUCCAAUAUGAUCUCCUCUGCUGUCCAGGAUGAACCUUCUAAAACUCCACCAACAUCUCGCAAAGGGUCUACAGUUUCCCAGACUUUGAAUAAGACAACACCAACACCUCCCACUUCUCGAAAAGCAUCAGUAGCUCCACAAGACACUAAACUAAAUCUUCCUGCAGCAGAAUCAAAUCCAAUCUCUUUACCAACCCAAGAACAGAAAAAGCCACCAGAUGCUCAAUCAUCCAAACCUAUACAAGCUCAAGUGAAAGAGGAGCAUCCAAAAAUUUGCCCACUCUGUAAAGAGACCCUUAGGAAGGACCCACAAAACUAUAGCUCUUGCACUUCUUGCAAAAGCAUUGUUUGCAAUCUCUGUGGAUUCAAUCCCAAUCCACAUCAAACUGAAGUGAAGGAGUGGCUGUGUUUGACCUGCCAGAUGCAGAGAACUUCAGGUCCUCCCCCAGCUCAACCACAGUCUAAUAAAGUACUUUCACCAGCAUUUCCACAAAAGGAAGAUACUCCAGAGAAGAAGCAAAGUGUUAUAGCUGAGCAGGAAAAGAAACCUCCUAUAGAGACCAAAACACCAACAACACCAAAUACUCAAAUAUCUAAAAGUGACGCUUUUCCUUCCAUGUCUGCUCCACUACCUAAAGGUGAACACAUUAAAGAAGAGUCAAGUUUCUUUGGCUUUGGUGGUGCCCGAUCUCGGUCUCCCUCUCCUCAAACAGCUGUCUCUGAUAAGGUAUUUGGUUUUGGAUCCUCUAUCCUCAGCUCAGCAUCUAACCUGAUAUCUUCAGCUGUUCAGGAAGAAUCCUCCACUAAAACUCCACCAACAUCUCGCAAGGGAUCUACAGUUUCACAGACUUUAAAUAAGACCACACCAACACCACCCACUUCUCGGAAAGGAUCCGUUGCUCCUUGUGAUGCUAAACAAAAACCACCUGAAGGCGAGUCAAAGCCAGUUGUUACAUCAAUGCAAGAACCAAAGCCAGUACAGAAAACCCCAGAUCCUAAUCUGGCCAGACCUCCACAUACUCCAGAGGAGCUUCCAAAAACCUGUCCACUUUGCAAAGAAACCCUCAAGAAGGACCCACGGAACUACAGCUGUUGUAGUUCUUGCCAGAAAAUUGUUUGUAAUCUCUGUGGAUUCAAUCCCAAUCCACAUCAAACCGAGGUGAGAGAGUGGCUAUGCUUGACCUGCCAGGUACAGCGAACCUCAGGACCUCCCCUUGCUCAGCCGCAACCACAAUCCAACAAAGUAGCACCAGCAUCUCUAGAAAAGAAAGCAACUCAAAUUCCACCUUCUCCAGAAAAGAGGGAGAGUGUCCCUGCUGAGCAGUACAAGAAACCUCCAGUAGAGACUAAAAAAUCUACAAUUACUCCAACACCAUAUGCUCAAAAGGCUACUGGUGAAGCUUCUACUUCCAAAUCUACUCCGUCAAAUAAAGUUGAACAGAGUAAGGAAGAGUCUAGUAUCUUUGGAUUUGGUUUUGGAGCUGCUCGUUCCCGGUCACCUUCUCCUCAAUCUGCUGUUUCUGAGAAAUUUAUGGGUUUUGGGUCAUCUUUCCUUAGUUCAGCAUCUAAUCUGAUAUCCUCAGCUGUUCAGGAUGAGUCAUCCACCAAAACCCCACCAAGUUCUCGUAAGGGAUCCACUGUGUCCCAAAGUUCUUUUAAGAUGACACCAACACCACCUACCUCUCGAAAAAGUUCAGAAGCGUCACAACCCACAGAAAAAAUUAAACCACAAGAAGCCAAACUUAUUACUGCAAAAAAACAGGGUGAAAAGAAAAAAGAAGGAAAUAAACCACAUGAUGAGAUGACCAAAGAACCAGUCACUGAUGGGAAAAUUAACAGACCAGCCCCGGAGCUUCCAAAAACCUGUCCACUCUGUAAAGUGGACAUAAAGAGGGAUCCACCAAAUUACAACACUUGCACUGAAUGCAAGGAAAUGAUGUGCAAUAUGUGUGGAUUUAAUCCCAUGCCACAUCAAACUGAGGUUAAGGAAUGGCUGUGUUUGAACUGCCAGGGAAAGAAAGCUCAAGUGUCUCCCUCUGCCCAACCACAGCCACAGGUUAGCAAAGCAUCUCCACCAACAAUACCAGGAAACAAGGAGGCUCUUAUACAUACUCCAAUUCCAGUGUCUCCAAAAAAUAACCCAGAUGUCAUUGGGAAGAUAAACUCAUCAGUUGUUACAGAGAAUCAAGAGAACAAACCUAUACAAGCUACAACACAACCAGCUGAAAUACCAAUACGUGAUCCUUCUCCUUCAAAAUCAUCUGUACAACAGAAACUAGAACCAUCUAAAGAGGAAUCAGGUUUCUUUAGCUUUGGUUUUGGCGGUGUUCGAUCUGGAUCCCCUCAGCCUUCAGUGGCUGCUGUCUCAGGGAAGGUUCUAGGCUUUGGAUCCUCAUUUUUGAACUCUGCAUCCAAUCUAAUCUCCUCAGCCGUUCAAGAUGAGUCCUCCACAAUGCCACCAACUUCUCGUAAGGCUUCCACAGCUUCUGAAACAUCUGCAAAGACUACAACACCACCAACAUCUCGCAAGGCAUCUGUGGUUUCCCAAGCUUCAGUUAAGACUCCACCAACACCACCCUCUUCUAGGAAAGGAUCUGUUACUUCUCAAAAAGUUCCACCUACUGACACAAAAGCACCUAUAACAGACAAACCAAAGGAGGACAAAACAGAUGAGAAGCAGGUGCAACUGGCUUCAGCAGUACCUGAAGCUUCAGUAGUAGCAGUUGCAGCUCCUAAAGCAGAAAACAACGCAUGUCCUCUUUGCAAAGUCUAUCUCAAUGUGGGUUCAAAGGACACUCCUAACUACAAUACCUGCACUGAGUGCAAGAACACCGUUUGUAACCUCUGUGGAUUCAACCCAACACCCCAUCAAACAGAGGUCAAUGAAUGGCUUUGUUUGAACUGCCAAACACAGCGAGCAUUAAAUGGAAUGGAACCACAAGGACCUCCCAAAAAAGAGACCCAUGCACAACCUGAAAAUGUCUCCAUCUCAGCCCCGCCUCCAAGAACAGAAUGUAUAACACCAGGGGCACCAUCAUUAGUGUCAACCAUGGUUCCUGAUGUUGUUGCUGAUAAAACUAAGACUCCUGUUUCAAUGGAUGUCCAAAAGAAUGAAUCAGUCUCAGCUUUACCAAAACUACCAGAGACUAACAUAAAGGCACAACCUGCAUCCUCUCAGAUGAAAGAAACAUCAGAUUCAAAGAAAAAUAAAAAAUCUGACAUACUCUUAAAGGAGUCUGACAAGUCCCCAGAAAAAGCAACUCCACCUUCACAGGCAGAGCCACCAAAACAAGAAUCCAGUUUCUUUGGUUUUGGAUUUGGUGGUCCUAAGGUACAACCUGCUGCUUCUAAGCCAUCUGAGUCAACCACUGGGAAACUCUUUGGCUUUGGCGGCUUGACGGAAACAGCAAGAUCUCGAUCUCCAUCACCACAGUCUGUUUCUGCUGUCUCUGGAAAAGUUCUGGGCUUUGGAUCCUCUAUAUUUAGCUCAGCAUCGAAUUUAAUCAGCUCAGCUGUUCAAGAUGAACCUUCCACUACACCCCCAACUUCUCGAAAGGCAUCCACAGUGUCCCAGACCUCUGUUAAGACUACUCCUCCCACAUCUCGUAAAGGAUCUGCAGUGGCAAUAGACUCUAGUAAGAUAGGGGACACCAAACCACAUGCAGGACAAGAUGGAGGGAAACCAAUAGAGAAGAAACCAGAAAUCAAGCAAGUCACAGCACCCAAACCACCUCAGAAACCUACUUCUGAAGAAGUCAAGACUAAUUGUCCAUUAUGCAAAGUGCAACUCAAUACUGGUUCCAAGGAUGUCAAGAAUUUUAACACAUGCACAGAAUGCAAGACAACAGUGUGCAGCCAAUGUGGAUUUAAUCCAAUGCCUCAUCAAGCAGAGGUUGAGGAAUGGCUCUGCCUGAAUUGCCAGGUACAACGGGCACAGGCAGGGAUGAAAACAUCUGAACGUCCCACAGUGAAACCUCAGCCAGUUCCUUUAGGGAAAGACAACCAAACUCCAUCCAAAGUUGACAAGGUUUCUACAGCACCACUUGAAACGAAACUUGAUGAGAAGCCUGCUGCAUCUGAAAAGAAAGCUGUCCCUCCUCAAGAAAUUAAGAAAGAGAUCUUAGUUCCAAGCUCUCAACAAAAGGCAGGUACUGAUGCCAAGGCAACUGAUAAAAUCACUCCAAGAAAAGAGCCUCCUAAGCAAAACGAUACUCAACCAAAUCCUGCGAAAGCUCCGCAAGAGCCACCCAAAGAUACAACCACUCCUGUAAAAUCUGCUCUACCUACCGAGCUUGGACCCCCAAAACAGGAAUCACAUUUUUUUGGUUUUGGAUUAGGUGGUCCUAAAGCACAGUCUACAUCUUCUAAACCAUCUGAGCCAACCACAGGAAAGUUCUUUGGUGGAUUUGGUGGCCUGACAGAAACGGCUAGAUCUCGAUCACCAUCCCCACAGUCAGUUUCUGCUGUCUCUGGGAAAGUUCUAGGGUUUGGAUCCUCAUUAUUUAGUUCAGCGUCUAAUCUGAUCUCCUCAGCUGUUCAAGAUGAGCCAUCUACAACACCCCCAACUUCACGAAAAGGCUCAACAGUAUCUAUUGAGUCUGGUAAAUCUACCACAGCACCAGCUUCUCGCAAAAGCUCAGUGGCCUAUGCCAAGACUACACUGCCAACAUCCUGCAAAGGAUCUGUUGCAACAGAACCCAACAAGGUACUUCCUGAAAAAGAGAACAAGCCACCUGUUGAAAAGAAACCAGAGCAGUUCAAUGAGAGCAAAGUAUCAAGGGAACAUACUUUAGAAAAAGAUAAACCUGAACAACAUCUUGAAAGUGUACCUCAACCAUUCACCUGCCCACUCUGCAAUGUGGAUCUUAACAUGGGCACAACGGACCCUCCUAAUUACAACACCUGCACUGAAUGUAAAAGCAUUGUAUGUCAUCUCUGUGGAUUCAACCCUAUGCCUCACCUUGCUGAGGCUGAGUGGUUGUGUUUGAUUUGUCAAACACAGAGAGCUCUAGCUGGGCAGCUGGGAGACAUGGGAAAAAUACCAAUAUCCAGCCCAGUAUCCACAAAAGACAAGCCUACAGUUACACCCAAAACACAGCUGUCUGAGACUUCUGCACAGACACCUAUUCCGAAAUCUGAGCCAAAACCAUCACCUGUAAAGCAGGCAGAGGAGGAGAAAACCAUCCCUACUACUGUUGCAAAGGCAGUGGUGACCAUUCCAGUGUUCCCUGGACCUCUCCCUGUUGUUCCUACCACAGAUAUGCUGCAGACAGAGAUGGCAGCUGCAGAGACUCAGAAAGCCACUUCAAAAGAAACAGGCAAAAACAAAGUCCCAUUUGAGACACAAGUAGAGAGAGAACCGAUGUCUAUGCUUCCAGCAGUGACAACUGAGGCAGAUGAAGUAAAGGUUAAAGAGGAUACAUACACUCAACCUGCAAUAGAAGGACAACAGAAAGAUGUUGUGGUACAGAUAGAUAGUAGUCUUCCAGAAAUUUCUAAAGUAGACACCUUAAAAGCCGAUAUUAAAGAGCAACAUAGAAAGGACAUCUUGCCAGUAUCGGUAGAAUCAUACAGCUCGGCUGAGGAGGAGCUUAAGGAGAUACAGAGAAUCAGAGAAAUGACCAUAAAAGAAACUACUGCAAAACUGUUGCCUGUCAGAACAUCGGACAGUGUAAAACAAUACCAUGAGGACAGCAGUGAGAGUGAACCCUCCCCUCAGAUACAGAGAAGAAGAGUGAGGCCUGCUUCCUCCAGCAGUGAGGACUACAAUUUAGACAGUUCAAAUUCUGGAGAUGACGAAGAGUUCAUACGAAGACAACUUAUGCACAUGGGUGAAGAGGAGAACUUACCUUCUGAUGAGAAAAAACACAGAGAAGAACAACAAACACAGCAAGAAACCAGAGAAGUUGAAAAAUCUGAUGAUUUCAUGAAGCCUAAACGUGCCCUAAAGAAACUUACUGUAGAGCCUGAGGAGAUUUCUGAUAUCGGUCUGUCUUCUAAUGACCAAGAUGAUCAAGUUGCCCAAGCCAUCCCUGUCCCAGAAGCAUUAAAAGAAAUCAUAGUGGAAAUAGAUGUAUCAAAUGACAAUGAAAAGAUCAUAGCUAAUGACACCACAGCCAUUACACAAAAAACUCCUGUUAGACAGACCACAGAGGGACAUGAGAGUCUGAUUGAAGACUCAUCCAAGGGUGAUGGGUCGUCCAGUGUUCAGGUGUCUAGCAUCACACCAGGAACAGCUUCUCCUACUUCUGUAUCCUCUAUUGAUAAAGACAGUGAUAGUAGCCCAAGUCAUAAAAAGGCAGGAGCGGAAGGUAAACAGCAAAGAAAGGCAAAACAUAGACCUCAUGGUCAGGCCAUUCCCACUAUAGAGGACUCGUCUGAGGAGGAUGAGUUACGUGAGGAGGGUGAACAGAUGGAUCAGGAAGAUGAAAGAGAUGAUCAGCAGCAGUUAAGAAAGGCCACAAAAAAAUUAAAGGCGGAAAGAGAUGAUCUGGGCAUGCGAAGGAGACGUGAUCAUUUGGUUAAAACUGAUAAAUUAAGGAAGGCAGCAGGGAUGGAGGAACAGAAGUCCUCCUCCUUCUCUGACAUUUCACCUAGUUUUGAAUCUGAACCAGAGAAUGCAGAGUGCAGAACAUUAUCAUCUGAAACACAUGAUGCUGCAGAGAAGCCGUUAAAGAGUUCUGAAGAGGUAUAUGAGGAAAUGAUGCAGAAAGCACAGGAAUACAAACCAUCAGAGAAAUUCACACCACCCGAUAUUGAACCAUUAUAUGGAGGCAUGUUAAUAGAGGACUAUGCUUAUGAAACUUUAGUUGAAGAACAAGAACAGGCUGCAGCAGCUCUUGGUAAAAUCACCCAUGAGGAAGAUUUGAGAAAGUUGUCUGAACAUGAGUCGGUGAGGAUACUUAUGACACCAGAUGAGGCAUAUGAAGAGAUUAUGCAUAAAAGGAGCAAGAUCAUGCAAAAAGAGAAGGAGGCUCAGCAAACACAUUCAACACAGAUUGACACAUCCUUGCCAUUUGAUGUCAGUGACACUUGUUAUGUGACUAUUUCUGGAAAUGAUGUACUUACUACAGAUAAAAAUGCAAAGCCACUUUUGGAAACAGAGGAUGCCUAUGCAGAGCAAUUGAAGACACAAAAAGAUGUUUUAACACCAGGAACAAGUCCGACACAAUCAACUCCUGUGUCUCCUGCCUCCCCUCUAACUUUGUCUGAGUCAUCAUAUGAUUCCCCUGAGGUGAUUCUGAUCCCUUCAAGUGGGGAAGAAGACAACCUUGCUGAACCUAUAGAAUGCAUUUUGGAGCCUUAUAUUACAGAGUCUACUCAGGAUGUAUUUGGGAAUAAAGCUUUAUAUCCAAUUCCUGACUUAAAGAUCACUCAGUGCUCCUCUGGUGAAGAGGAAGCUGAAGAGGAGUACUGUGUCACACAAGAAAAAAUGUCAUCUGAGCCAACUGAUAUCCCUCAAAGUGAAGAGGAACCACAAGCCCCAGAAGAAUCAUUUGAGACUGUUCCCAUUUCUGUAAUCUGUGAAGUUCCCUUAUCAAAACAUUUUGUGGAGACAACAGCAAUAUCACCACUGUCUCCACCAACAUCUUCAGCAGUCUCAUCCCCAGAUUCAAAUAUAGAACUAACAACAGCACCAUCAUCCUCUCCCGUUUCUGACCAGACAUCUGAAUUAACCACUCCAGCUAGCCCCAGUGUUGCUGAAGUUUCUGCCCCAGUUGUAAUUCACAUGCCAGACUUGGUGUCUGAGCAAGCCACAACACACCCAUCAGCAAGUGCUUCUGUUGCAUCUUCCACACAGAUUAUUGGAUUCCCUUCACCGGUCAUUCCAGCCUCACCACAUGUCUCAGAAAAUGCUGGCAUUCCGACUCCUUCUGAAAUUCUUGUUUCAAAGCCAACACCAGGUCCAAAACCAACUCCUGCACCAAAACCAACAGUUAUACCAAAACCUAAACAGGAAAUAGUCCCUACUCCAGAUAGCCUUUCAUCCUUUACACUGGAUUCAGCUCAAGAUCAAGAUUUAGUUCAGAAACCUUUGGCCGGUGCAAUACAUGCAUCACUUUCAGCUGCUAAAUCAGCCUCUAUAGACAAACAAGCUGUUGCACAAAUAAUUGCUCCAAAAGUAGACUAUGUAAAAACUCAUACUACUACUGUUGUUACACCCAUUGUUCAGUCUCAAAAAGGACCUUUAACACAAACUUCUGUUGUUGUUCAAAUGCCCGAUCUUGUGUCCCCUGCAUUAGGCCAUCCAGUUCUAGAACAAACUCCAGUUUCAGCGCCUAACCUGCCAUCCACUGCACUCAGGAAUCAGAUUCCUACAACUACCACCAUUGUUGCUCAAAUGCCAGAACUGGUUACAUCUCCAUCUCAAUCAAUCUCUGUGACUUUUCCAGUACCUUCUCUAUCCUAUGCCCCACUUCCAGCUACAGUUUCAGCAGUGGACCAACCACCUAUUUCUGUUCCAACAAUGGUAUCAGCCUCAAUACCAGCAAAGGUUCUCUCUACAGACCAGACCAGACAAGUGGCCACACCAUCAUCUGCUCAAUCCAGUAUUCCUGCUUCAGCAAAAGAGACUCAGCCACCAAACAGUGUUUCUAUUCAAAUUCCUAUUCAGAGGCCAGAAGAAACCAUAUCACACAUGGCACCCCAGUUAGGCCAGCCAGCCACUAUUUCUCCUCUAGCAGGUCAUAGAGAGCAUAUUGCUGCAAAGACAGUCUCUGUUGUUUCUCCCACUGUUACUACAACUGUUGCUUUUGGAACUUCACCCUCCCAACCAGUUCAAUCAAUGCUGACCAAUAUUCAGCCAAGAAUGGUGGAAAUGCAGAAGGAAAAUGUACCAGAUGAUGGAAUUUCUCCACAACAGUCAGUUUCACAAAUCAUUUCUCCUGUUGUACAGACAGAGCAAGGUCAAGUUGUUGUCAGAUUGCCAAAUCUUGAAAAUGUGGCAUUUAAAACAACUAUUGAAGAUGGGAGAGGCCACCCCCUUUUUGUUAAUGUUUCUCCUUUUGCUUAUCCAGCCACAAUGUCAAGUUUCAUCACUGAUUCAACAGUUCCACAUUGUGUGACAUCUGCAAAACCCCAUGUUUCUCAAGAAAGAACAGAUAAACCAGUGAUUUCAUUUCCACCACCUCCUCAAGCUUCACCACCAGAAUUGCCAUAUAGUGCAGUACCCAAGGCUGAUUUUAACCAGCAAAAGACUAUUCCAACUCCCUCAUCAGGUACACCAACUCUACCCGAACCCCCACCAAAUGUGGCCAGUGUAAAUAUAAAACCAGCUGUGACCCCAACAUACAAAUCACCACCCCCUGUUCCCCCCAAACCUGUAUGUAUUCCACCAGGACUGGUAUUUAGUCACAGAUCAAGAGAGAGCGUUAAGCCACCAGUUAGUCCCGAGCCAGUAGUUGUUCAAGCAGUUCGUGCUGCAACUUUGCCAAGAACAAGGGAACCUCCAAAUGCAUUGUCACUAAGUUUGACUGCCCCUGUAGAGACCAAGCACAGUGCUUUAUCACCAAAAUCACCUUUGUCACCCAGAUUUGCUAGAACUCUUGAAACAUAUGUGGUGAUAACAUUGCCCUCAGAACCAGGAUCACCUGUCGAGGGCAUUACAACUCAAGCACCAAUGAGAAGAUCAUCAUUGCCGACUCCCAAACAGCAGGUUCCAUCUGAUGCUCCAAGAGUGUUUGCUCCAGCUUCAGUGGAUGCACCUGUGUCAUUAAUUUCAGCACAAAUUGUAGCAGCCCCACCAAAGCCUACCACAGCUUUAAAUACAGCUGUGCCCCUUGAAGUGAUGGCACCUGACUUUGCUUCAGUCACAACAGAGACUCAUCAUUUCACACUAGCUGAAGUUUCAAAACAAAGUAUUACGGAACCUUGUGUAACAAUCCCAGAUUUGCCAGUUGCUUCUGUACAAACAUUUGUUUCAGAACCUCUUGUAGUGCCAUCAUCAGGAGUAGCACAGUAUAUGGCUGUUGUUCCUCAUGUCACAAUGGAGAAUACAAUGUAUUCCCCAUCUGCAAUUAUAACACCAAAUGAUACAGCAUCAGUUGUAGUGAUUUCUGCAGCACCUGUUGCAGAUGCACCACCAACGCCCAUUGCUAUGGAACCAACAGCAUAUCCAGCAAUGGUGUACCCCACACCUUCCUUGAUUUCUCCUCUUCUCUUAGCUCCACUGUCAGGAGUUUCUGCUGAUUUUGUUCCUCACAAUACAGUGAGUGGUGUGCAACAAGAACUUGAAAUGCUACAAAUGCAAACAACAUAUUCUGCUCCAAUAACAAUAACCCAGAUUCCAAUCCCAGCUCAAAAUGAAGACAUUCCUGGUUUGGAUAUGGAAGAAGUACUAAUAGUCUCAGCUUCCGAAGAGGUCUUAACUGAACUGGGUCCAUCACCAGUACCAAUAACACAGCUUCAAGACCACCAAGCAGUUUAUGAGCAAAAAAAAGAAAUCCCAGCAAUGACCUCUGCAACAACUGUGCCACCAGUACCAGUCACAUUUACACAAUUUGCUAAAUCUAUUGAGAGUCAAGAAAUUUGUGGAAAAGAUAAAGUUAUAUCAAGCAUGAGCCAAGUCUACUCUGCAAUCUCAACAACUGAGCAGCAUCCUGAUGCAUUGCCUAAUCUUGUAACCCAAGUUGUCACGACUGAAGUACAAAGAACUACAACAGUGUCAGUUGUCCAGGAGAGGAUUCCUGUCGAACCCAUACAUGAACCUGUGGGUGCUACAAUCACAAUACAGCCAGAAGUCCAUCCAAAACCUAAACAAAAUGGAAUAAUACACUACCCUAGUGACGUUAUAGAUCUUACCACAUUUAAAGUUAAUGUUACAAUGACUGACCAAGGAAUGGAUCUGUCAGCCCCAGAUUUAAGUAGGUCUUCCUUGUCAAGUGAAUCAAGUGGGCGACAGACCACUGCUGUACAGCCUGAAAUUGUGAAUCUUAGUGCUGAAAUAAUCCCCACUACAACACUCUCUGUUGUAACUGACAGCAUAACAAUUGUCACUUGCACAGCUACAAUUGCCUACAACAACAACACAGUUGACAAGCCUCUGGACCUAGGAAAUGCUACUUCAGUGCCUCUUCCACUUACCACAUAUAAUCCAUUUGAGCCACUUGCACAGAUAGUGUACAGACCUGUAAAAUCGCAACCUAAGCCUAUAACCAGUGCAGAGAUUCCUGUUAACCUUUCAUACAGAGCUGUUGCAACCACAACUCCUACUCUCAUGCCUGUAACUAUAGCCCCAGUGAGCUUCACAAAUGGCACUAGUGGUAUACCAAUACAUAUAGAGCCAUCGGCAGUUGGACCUGUAGACCUCACCACGUCUAAGCCAAUGAAAACCAUGGUUGCUUUGUCCUCAUCCUCUGGAGUGGUCACAACUGUUUUGGAAGAUGACGGUACACCAGUUGAUCUAACAUCUGGAAGACGGACUGCUUGCUGCGAUGUAAUUUACAGGAUUCCUUUCACAGGGAGCUGCAGAACACAACCUCCUGUGACCACACAGCCAGACAAUCAAAUUGGCUAUCAAAUUGAUAUUGCCACCACACCUGUCAUUGAAGAUCUCAGUACCACGAAGGCUUCGAUAUCCGACAGUGAUUUCAAAGAGGCUGGACUCUUUGGUUAUGAAAGAAAGAAUGGAUUCACAUAUCAGAAUGGGGCAUCUGAGGGGGCUAUUGAUUUGACAUCAGCUAAAAUGUCGACAGAAGAAGCCUUGGACUACUCAAAGAAAGGCACUUUGGCAUUUCCUGGGAUCACCACUACUCCAUAUUCUCAAGGAACGUCAUUUGGCAUUAAUAGUUUACUAAGAUCGACAAAUGGCAUUGUUUACUCAUCUGUUGCUGCACCUGUUCCCUCCACAUAUGCAAUUACCACCCAACCAGGUUCAAUAUUCAGCACAACAUACAAUAGUCUCACAAAUUCUACAGAGCCAUUUUCAGCACUUCAAAAUCAGCCUGCUCCAUAUGGCUUUGUAGAAACCACAGCCACAGACCAAUCAAUAUUCCCACAGCCUGAUAUAUCAAAGGAUAUCCUACCUUCUGCAUUAGCCAAUCUCCUUCCCUCCCUGACAGCCUUCCCUGAGCUCUACUCAGAUGCUACUCUUGAGGUAAUAGCAGCCUCACUGGACAUGCUGGUAACCCCAAAUUUCCCUGAUUUAGAUGACAGCAAGAGCCAACAGUACAAGGCUGAACAUGAGUUCUUACAAUUAGAGAAAUUGAAACAGCUGUGUCUAGCCGAAGAACUUGAAUGGGAGAGGCAAGAGAUACAGCGUUACCGUGAGCAAGAGCAGAUCAUUGUUCAGAAGGAGCUGGAGGAGCUUCAAAACAUGAAGCAGCAACUUCUAAUGCAGCAAGAAGAGGAACGCAAAACCCAUCUGAUUCUUCAGCAAGAAACCUUUGCACAGCAGCAACUUCAGUUAGAGCAAAUCCAUCGAUUACAGCAGCAACUCCAGCAACAACUAGAAGAGCAAAAGAUAUACCCAUAUGGGUUCAGGCCAAGUAAGGGUAUGUCCCCACCCUUGAGCUCAGACAUCAUACUUGACUCAAAAUACUCUGGGGGAGAUAAUGGCCAGUACUGGCCAGUGAAGGAUGACAAUUCAGCGUCAUCUGCAGUGUCCACCUAUGACUCCACAUCAGGGCAAAACUGGCUAAUAACUUCUGGGGCUUUUACACAGUAUAGUUCAAGCAUUCCUGUAUCAGUGAGUGCACUGACAAAGGAUCAAAUGCUGUUGUCCACAAACCUGCCAGAUACAGCCAAGCAAGAGCAAAGUGGGGGGUUAAGUGGAAAGAAAUUGGUUGAGAGUGGUGUUCAAACAGAUGAUGAAGAUGGGGUUGAAAAGAUUCCUUCUGGUAGAAGGAGAAGAAGUAGGAGAAGUGUAGAUAGCUGUGUGCAAACUGAUGAUGAGGAUCAGGAUGAAUGGGACAUCCCCGUCCGGAGCAGACGCAGGUCUCGUCCCAGUAGAUAUGUUGAUGGAGAGAAGGGAAAAAGCUCCAAGGUAGCAAGUAUUGCAAUUCAGACUGUAGCAGAGAUUUCAGUUCAGACAGAGCAUUCAGGGACAAUUGGGAGAUCUCCUGUGCGGGCUCAGGUGGACACAAAAGUAGAUUUACACAGAGGGGGCCAAACAGAAAGUGAUUCAGAAAUCAUGUCAGACAGAGAUAAAAGAUGUCCAGCUCCUUCUGAGAUAAGUGUUAGCACACACCUUACAGCUGAUGAUGUUGGGACAUUGUUAGUUACCAAAACUCCAAAAGUGUUAUGCUCCCCAGUUUCACCAGUGUCCCCUGGAAAAAGCUCACAGAAGAUGCUUACUGCUGAUUCAUCAAGGCAUCUCAGUAGUCCAAGAUCACUAAGGGCCUCACAACGAUCUCUGUCUGACCCCAAGUCACUCAGUCCAACAACUGAGGACAGAAUGAUGUACCAAUACUCAGACACCUACUCAAGCAAAGGUUCUCAGAGCAGCACACCAGUUAGCACUCAGAAGAAAGUAAAACGUACACUACCUCAUCCACCACCGGAAGAAGAUACCCUCAUUGGCCUCUCUGGGUACACCACUGCUUCUGCCAGAAGACGAAUGUGCAGGAACACCACUAUGGCGCGGGCCAAAAUCCUCCAAGACAUAGACAAAGAGCUGGAUUUAGUUGAACGUGAGUCCUCAAAACUCCGUAAGAUACAGGCAGAACUUGAUGAAGAAGAGAAAGAGAUAGAUGCUAAAUUGAGAUAUCUGGAGAUGGGUAUAAAUCGAAGAAAAGAGGCUUUACUGAAAGAGAGAGAGAAGAGGGAGAGAGCCUAUUUACAGGGAGUGGCAGAAGAGCGAGACUACAUGUCAGAUAGCGAGGUCAGCAACAUCAGAGAGGCACGAGGUAAUGGUCAUGGACUAGAACGGCCACGGACUGCUCCUCAGUCAGAGUUUAACCAGUUCAUUCCACCACAGACUGAGUCUGAGUCCCAGUAUGCACAGCUUAUGAGUCCAUACUCCCAUUAUCAGUAUGCAUCCCAAACAAGUCAGUAUCCUCAGCAGACAUUGUACCAGCAGCAGACUCUUUACGAUCAGCAGGUGUCCCCCUACCAAUCCAUCUACUCAUCAGUGCCCUCACUCAAUCAGCAGUCCCAGCAGACUGGCUAUGACCAUUCCUCACUCCUCCUGAUGCAUCAGAAACCCUGUCAGACUACUUUGUCUGACUUAGAACCAAAGAUUACGACAAACUAUGAGGUUGUACGCAACCAGCCCCUCCUAAUUGUCCCUACAUCCACAGAGAGUGCCUACGGAGUUUCUCAUCUUGGUGGUAAAUACAGUAGCCUUGAUCUGAGGAUGGGCCUGGAAGAGAGGGCCAGCAUGGCCAGCAGUCCCAUGUCCAGCAUAUCAGCUGAGUCCUUCUAUGCAGACCUUGACCACCACAAUGCCAGGAACUAUGUCUUGAUUGAUGACAUCGGCGAACUCACAAAGAGCUCUACAGGCCUUGGUUCAAGCUUUAGUAUCGCUGAUAAGGAUAUCAGCAAAGCUGACCGACUUCUCCGAGUGGCUGAUGUUCGACGGACAGCAGAUGUGGCAGACUUUCUUGGACCUCUUCAGGCUGCUUCUCGAUUGCAUUCAUAUGGUAAAGCAGACGACGAUUCCAUGGAAGAGCCAUAUGAAUUGAAGAUGUUGAAACAGCAAAUUAAGCAGGAGUUUCGACGUGGUACGGAUAGUCUCGAACAGCUUACAGGCCUGCCUCACUACCUUCACUCUGACGCUAGUUUUAGGCAUUUCCCCAAAGCUGAUAAAUAUAGCAUUGGGAGACUAACUUUAGAGAAGCAAGCUGCCAAGCAACUUCCGUCCUCAGUUCUUUACCAGAAACAGCUAAAGAAUAAAAAAGCAUUAAUUGACCCCAAAAUUACAAAGUUUUCACCCAUCCAAGAGAGCAGGGACCUCGAGCUAGAUUACAGCUCCUAUUUAUCCUCUGCCAGCUCAUCAGUUGGUGGACUGUCUGCCAGGGCAAGGCUCCUGCAGGAUGAGAUCACAUUUGGUCUUAGGAAGAACUUAGCGGAGCAACAUAAAUAUUUGGGUUCAGCUCUUGGAGCUAACCUGGCUCAGUCACUCAACUAUGGCCAAUCUCUCAACCUAGGGCCUACCAUAAGGUCUUCCCUUCAAGAUGAUGGCACCUACCCCAGUGGCUCUCGGUCAAGACCUUCCUCUAGGCCUUCCUCUGUAUAUGGACUAGAUCUGUCUAUCAAAAGAGACUUGUCAAACUCCUCACUGCGCCUGAAAACAGAGGGUGAGGGCAUGGAUUCCCCGUUUGUAUCUAGGGCUAAACCAACAAGUCUGCCAAUUAGUCAGAGCAGGGGUCGAAUUCCCAUUGUUGCACAAAACUCUGAAGAGGAGAGUCCACUGAGCCCUGUAGGUCAGCCCAUGGGCAUGGCCAGGGCAUCUGCAGGCCCACUCCCACCCAUCUCAGCAGACUCACGGGACCAGUUUGGCUCCAGUCACUCUCUUCCAGAAGUCCAACAGCACAUGAGAGAGGAGUCCAGGACAAGUGGCUAUAAACGGGACAUUGCCUUUAUAAAGGAUGACCUUCAGGGGGCCAUGUCAGAUAGUGAAGCUGGAGGUCCUAGCUGGAAUGUGAAAGCAUAUCACCUUCAGCAUGAAGAGACAGACUGGUUUGACAAACCCCGCCAGGGACGUGGUGGACCAGAAGCUGGGGCAGAGAGAAGACAGAUGAAAGGUGGCCAUUACCCCUUCCCACACUCUCGCAUCAAACUGCAACGGGACCCUAAGGACCACACCGUCUCAGGGAAUGGGCUGGGAAUCAGAGUUGUGGGUGGAAAAGAGAUUCCAGGGACCAACGGAGAGAUCGGAGCCUACAUUGCCAAGGUUUCAGCAGGGGGAUGUGCUGAGCAUACGGGAAAAGUUGUUGAAGGAAUGCAGGUUCUGGAGUGGAAUGGAAUCUCUCUGCUGGGAAAGACAUAUGAAGAAGUGCAAAGCAUUGUGGGUCAGCAGUAUGGAGAGGCAGAAAUAUGUUUGCGCCUAGACCUAAACAUGCUCUCCGGCACAGAACACCCUCAGCAAAUGGAGCUCCAUACUCAGCUGAAAGCUGGUGAGCGUCAGCGUUCUCCAGGUGUUGACCCAAAGCAGCUGGCUGCAGAGCUGCAGAAGGUAUCGCAGCAGCAGACUCCUGCUUCCGUCCUGUCUGCUCUGGAGAGAGCGGGACACUUGCACUCUGGCACCGGAUCUGCCGCUUCAAGUGGGGUCCCCAGCCCUGGGCAACCCGGGUCACCUUCCAUCAACAAGAAGCGUAGUAGCAAGUCAGCAGAGGUUCUGAAGCCACAACCGCAUCCAAUCACUGGUGAAAUACAACUUCAAAUCAACUAUGACAGGAAUAUGGGCAAUCUGAUUGUUCACGUGCUACAAGCAAGAAACCUCGCUCCUAGAGAAAACAACGGAUACACAGACCCUUUCGUUAAGGUCUAUCUCUUGCCAGGGAGAGGCCAAGUCAUGGUUGUCCAGAACGCAAGUGCUGAGAACAAGAGAAGGAUUAAAUAUGUCCAGAAGACUCAGAAUCCAGAGUGGAACCAGACCGUCAUUUAUAAAAACAUCCAUCUGGAGCAGCUGAAGAAGAAGACUCUGGAGGUUACUGUGUGGGAUUAUGACAGAUAUUCCUCAAAUGAUUUCCUGGGAGAAGUGCUCAUUGAGCUCUCAAACACGGCUCAGCUGGAUAACACGCCUCGCUGGCACCCCCUAAAGGAGCAAAGUGAGAGUAUUCACCAUGGAAGAACCCAACCUCCGCAGGGGCCCGGCGGCUCUGGGGGACUCGGAGGUCAGGGCGGCCCUGGCAGUCAGGGGGACCCUGGAGGGCCAGGAGGUUCUGGGGGUCAAGGAGGGCAACCGGGGAACCAGCAGUCCCCUAAAACCUCUGUCAUCAAGAGCCGAAGUCACAGCAUUUUCCCUGAUCCUGCUAAAGAUACACAGGUCCUUACAAUAGAAAAAUCCCACAGUAGUCCCGGCAGCUCCAAAUCUUCCUCUGAGGGUCACUUGCGCUCUCACGGCCCCUCACGCAGCCAGAGCAAAGGCAGCGUCACACAGGCCCACCUGGAAGAAGCCGGGAACGCCAUCGCUGCAGCUGAGGCUGCGGUGCAGCAGGCCCGACUCCAGCCAAAUAAAACAAACCACAAAAUAAUCGAUGGGGAUGCAUACACUCUGGACAGUGAAGAUACUUUGGGCACUAACGCUGUGGACAGUGCCAUAUUUCAGGUCCCUCAGCUGAAAAACAUUCCAAAUGGGACAGAUAAAGGCAGAGGAAUUGAAUCUUUGAACCUUUCUGAUUCAGAAGGUAAGAUGAUGGGUGAGAUCAAGGUUGCUUUAAAGAAAGAAAUGAAGACUGAAGGAGAGCAGCUGGUUCUUGAGAUCCUGCAGUGCAGAAACAUCACCUACAAGUUCAAAUCUCCAGACCACCUACCUGACUUGUAUGUAAAGCUUUAUGUGGUGAAUGUGGCAACUCAAAAGAAGAUCAUAAAGAAGAAGACCAGAGUGUGUCGCCACGACAGAGAGCCAUCAUUCAAUGAGACAUUUCGUCUGAACCUGAAUCCUGUUGGCCACUCUAUUCAGCUGUUCCUGGUGUCAAAUGGAGGGAAGUUUAUGAAGAAGACCCUGAUUGGCGAGGCCUACAUCUGGCUGGACAAUGUGGACAUGCGUAAGCGGGCCGUCAGCUGGCACAAGCUAGUGGCCACAACCAGUCAAACUCAGCCGUAAUCACAUGCCAUCCAUCUCCCAUCGGUACUCUCCAAAAAAAAGAGAAAUAAAACAGGAAAAGGUGGGUUUGUGAGUCUGGAAUGACUAAUAGAUCAUGGAAAGAGAAAACUGAGGUUGCAUUAAAUACUGUGACGAUGAGUUUGAGUCCAUUCACCAGGACAGAUACAUUUAUUUCCACUCCCAGAGCACUGUUGUUGUCUGCUAUCGCGUAAGUCAUUUCUGCAACUACAUUCUACAUCUAAAAUAUCUUAGGCAUGGGCCAAAUUAUUACUACCAUCUAUUACAUUUCAAUGUCAUUUCAGUUUUUAUCACACAUCCGAAAUCAUAUAUAUUUCUUGCAAAAACAUUGUUUGUAAGAAGAUAGAUGUAGCAUAUAGUUGACACAAUCAUAUGAUAUACAUAUAAUGACCAUAUCAGACUCUGUUAUGCACUGUAUGAAGGUUAUACUGUAAGGAAGAAAGACAAUCGUAAAUAUAAUGGAUUCUAUUUAUUGAAUGCAACAUCCAAUCACACAGUUCAAUAUUUCUCUGUUUAUAAUGUCUUGAGUGUCGUCUUUAAUGUUUAGGGAACGUUGAAACUUUAGGUUGUGACUGACAUCAUCUACUGGACAUGGAUCCUUCAAUGAGGUCGAGAUGAUCUGGGUUUCACGCAUUCCUCUUGAUCAUUUCAAGAAUGGCUGUUUGCUGGAUGCUAAAUGAAGGCGUGCUUUGUUUUUAGCGUCUCAAGCCCUCAAAUUCAAUUCUCUGAGGUUAAAAGGCAUCUGUUUUCUGUCCAGAAGUAUGAUUGUACGUGUCCACGAUGUGUGUUUGUUUUAUGAACAGCAUCUUGAAGUAAAUGUCAUGUUAGUGGUCAGAUGUUGUCUCUGUUUUGUGACCAAGUUGUAUGUGGAAUCCAAAUAUGCAAAGAGUAAUAAUAAUAAUGAUAAUGAUUAACGUACAUUUGAGUCCUCCUUGGAGUUUAUAUAAGGAUUCUGGCUCAAUUGGCUUUAUUGAAAUCCUGAUGUGGUGUCUGUUCUGCGUCACGUGUCUCUGUUCCAUGGUGGUGCACUUUUGAUAUUGUUUUUUUGCUGUUCAUUCAAGUUCAUCUGUUCAUGUCAGAUUAGUUCUUUUUCGUUAUGAUCUCUGCCUCUUUAACCUGCGCCAUAUCAGUGUGUAACGACACUAGUAUGUGCCAUCAAUGGAUAAAGGCACACGUGUUUUGUCUGUCUAGGAUCUUAACACCAGACAGUAAUUUUCUAACAGUGUUUCCAUUAUCAAUAUCAGUGGACAUAUUUCACACAUGGAAACAGACUGUUACCUAACCUGGCUAAUAAAAUGUACACUAACGUUUCCAUAUGAUUUAAUCUGCAUCUUGCACAAGUGGUGCACAGAUGUACCUGAAUAUAAGGUUGCUGUCAUAGUAAGAUGAACUAUCGUGUGCCAACCUGAUGUUUUAACCAAAUCCACUGGUUCUGUUUGGGUAAAUCUAUGCAACAUGGAUUAUGUUCGUAGAAUGCAUAAAUCUUAACAUGCGACAUCAAGCGAGUGUCUGAAUAUAUGUAUAUCUGUUAAAGAAAAAAAAAAGAAAUUAUAUGAAUAUUGUAUAGUGUUUAUUUUUAUUUAUUUAUUUUUUACUUCUACUUUAUGGCACAGUACAUUUUAAUCAUAUGCACUUUACAUUAUUGUUUUCAUAGGUUUCAUAAUUUCAUCGUAAAUAAAUAUGCUGACCAGAAAAUUUUGAUUCUUUUUGUUUGUUUUGUAAAGGGGAAAAAAAUUAAUCUGUGCAGAUUUGAAAUGUAAAAAUGCAUAUUUCAUGUUGUGCAUAAUUAUGAUGGCCAAUUAAAACCUGUAAAAAUGUCAUCAGUUUUAUUUAGAUCAUCACACCUUUCAAAGUGUGAUUUAUUUUUUUCUUUUCCCAGUUGUUCCCUUUAAACAAGCACAUACAUUUCAACUGUUUAACUACUAAAUAUAAACUUUUAUUCUAAUAUUACCCCAUUCCUUUUCAAAUCAUGAUGCGUUUGAUGAAUCCAGUUGCCGUAAACCAUGUGAAUGUGAUUUGGUUAUUUUUAUUUUUAUUUUUUUGAUUUUGUAAAUACAUAGGAUAUUUUCUACGAGAAGAGGUCUGAAUAUUUAUUUGGCCUGACGUUGAGCAUGUGAUUGUGAUCAAGGUCAAACUCUGUAUGUACAUAUUGUAUUUGUCUAACUGUGUAAGAAAGUAAUAUCUGGAUCAUUUAAAAAUUAUGUGUUCGAUCAAUCCAUUCCAACCUGUUUGACAAAAUCAACAACAUCUCUCAGAAUGAAAACGAGAUGGUUCAAAAAACAAAAAAAGUAAAAAAAAGCAGACACAAAAUUUCCUGUCAAAUUGAAUGGUUGUCAAAGAGUUUCUAUGUUUUUACAUAGAUGUUGCAUGUUUUGUUAGAUGUCUGUUGAUAUAUUUUGCCUCCGGAUUGGUUUAAAAAGAAAGACAAAUUGAACACAUCAUCUGAAGUUGUAUGCGGACUGUAAAAAUGCUUGUAAAAUGAGUCUUGUUUUUCACAUAGUGUAGAAAAAAAAAUUGUAGAAAAAAAAAUCUAAUGUUAUGGUUUUGUGGUUGUCCACAUGAUGUCAUGAAAUUAUGCAAAUUGUGCAGUAGAGAAAAAAAAAAGAAGAAAAAUAAGAAAUAAAAACUUUCUCCCUGCGUCUAAAUAAUAAAUAAUAGAUUCUAUUUCAAAUGUGAAAA